CAAGUGCAAACAAAGCGAGAGAAAUUUGGAGUUGGGGAAAAGCAUAUAGUUUACUUAAAAACUCCACUGCAACUCUUUUCGUCCCUUUUCUUCAUAGUAAAGUAAAGGUUUGACCUUUGGAUCUCUCAUCUCUAUCUAUCUUCUUCAUUAGGAUUAGGGCUACAAAGUUCGUAUCUUCUGUUUAAGUUUUGCAGCUGCGAUAAUCUGCAUUCACGAGUGUUUAUUAUCUGUGCUAUUCAUAUUCUGGUGCUGUUGAUUUGAAGAGCUCAUGUUGUAAGCAAACAGUUCAGUGAAAGGAUUUAAGGAAUGAUCCUCUCAGCACUUUUGACUUCUGUUGGAAUAAAUCUUGGACUUUGUUUUCUGUUCUUCACAUUGUAUUCUAUAUUGAGAAAGCAGCCAGGAAAUGCAGAAGUUUAUGCACCACGCUUGGUUGCUGAGGGGAGAUCUCAGCAAAUCAGUAAUUUCAAUUUGGAGAGACUUUUGCCGUCAGCUGGUUGGGUGACAAGAGCAUGGCGACCCUCAGAAGCAGAGCUCUUAGCCAACUCAGGCUUGGAUGCUGUUGUUUUCAUGCGCAUUUUUAUAUUCAGGUUACUUAAGCACUGUUAUGCGAUGAAGGCUUGACGAGAAUAAUAUGUUUAUUAUAGCUUCUGUGCCGAACUUCACACCUUAUGUUUAUUUCCAUGCUAAAGUUUUUACCUUUGCUGUCAUCGUGGGGAUUUUCAUUCUUCUGCCUAUCAAUUACAUGGGGAAACAACUAAGUCUUGAUUUGUUUGACUUGCCCAAUAAGUCUCUGGAAUCAUUCACUAUCUCAAAUGUUGACGACGGAUCAAACAGGUUAUGGAUCCAUUUCUCAGCUGUGUAUAUUUUCACAGCAGUUGUUUGCUAUCUUCUUUACGUUGAGUAUGACUAUAUUUCAACAAAAAGAGUUUCAUAUUUUUGUUCAUCAAAACCUCAUCCACAUCAGUUCACCAUUUUAGUUCGAAGUAUUCCAGCUUCAUCAGGAAGAAGUUACAGUGAAACAGUUGAAAGUUUUUUCUCAGAGUAUUAUCCUGCUACAUAUCUUUCACACUGGGUUGUCCGGCGAGCAAGCAAACUCCAAGGUCUCAUUAAAAAUUCUAAAAGGUUGUACAGGAGGCUUGUGAACUUGAAAUCAGCAAACCAUGAUCGAGAAAGGUUCGGGCGUGCUGGUUUCAUGGGACUUUUUGGACAGAGAGUUGAUCUACUUGAUCACUAUGAAAAGAAGCUGGAAGUUAUCGAAGAUAAUGUAAGGGCCGAACAAUCUUCAUGUCUGGGAAAGGAGGUAGGAGCUGCCUUUGUAUCUUUCCGAACACGUUUUGCCGCAGCUUCAGCUACACACAUGCAGCAAGGUGUAAAUCCUACACAAUGGGUCACUGAGCCUGCUCCUGAUCCAGAGGAUGUGUAUUGGCCUUUCUUUUCAGCAUCAUUUCUAAAGAGAUGGAUUAGCAACCUGGUGGUUGUUGUGGCAUGCAUCCUCCUUACAGUGCUAUUUCUUAUACCCGUUUUAAUAGUCCAAGGGCUUACACAUCUUGAGCAGUUGGAAAUCUGGUUUCCCUUUUUGAAAGGAUUGCUUAGAAUAGCAUUUGUUAGCCAAGUGAUUACCGGAUAUCUUCCUAGUCUUGUACUUCAACUGUUUCUCUAUGUUGUGCCAUCCAUAAUGAUUAUGUUCUCAUCCAUACAAGGAUACAUUGCUAUGAGCCAGAUAGAGAAAAGUGCAUGCAUCAAAGUUCUUUGGUUUACUAUAUGGAACAUUUUUUUUGCAAAUGUGCUCUCUGGAUCGGCUCUCUAUCGAGUUGAAAUUUUUCUUGAGCCCAAAAAUAUUCCUGCCAUAUUAGCUGUAGCAGUUCCAGGACAGGCAACUUUCUUUAUCGCCUAUGUGGUUACAUCUGGAUGGACCAGCACUUCCUCAGAACUUUUUCAGCUGUCGACGCUCGUUUUCAAUUUUAUAAAGAGAAAUAUUUGUAGGAAAUAUGAUGAUGAGUUUGAGGUCCCUUCAGUUCCUUACCACAGUGAAAUUCCCAGGAUUCUUUUGUUUGGCCUCCUUGGUAUAACAUACUUCUUCCUUGCUCCCCUAAUUCUGCCAUUCCUCUUGGUUUACUACUGUCUGGGGUAUCUCAUCUACCGGAACCAGCUGCUGAAUGUAUAUGCACCCAAGUAUGAGACUGGUGGAAAGUUGUGGCCUAUAGUACAUGAUUCUAUGAUUUUCUCCUUGAUACUGAUGCAUGUUAUAGCCAUUGGAAUAUUUGGGCUAAAGAAACUUCCUCUCGCUUCAAGCUUAACAGUUCCUCUUCCAAUCCUUACUCUUGUGUUCAACAGCUAUUGUAGGAGACGCUUCCUACCUAUGUUCAAGUCUUAUUCAGUCGAGAGUUUGCUAAAAAAGGAUAAAGAGGAGCAAAAUGAUCCUACAGUUGCAAGUUUUCAUGAGAGACUAGCCACAGCAUAUCAAGAUCCAGCACUGCUGCAUGUCGGAUAUUCUGGAAAUAAUGCAAGUAUCAUUGCCCCCCUUCUUGGUACUGCUGAAGUUGAUGCUUAGGGUGUAAUCGAGCUAUUGCUUACUGUAAUCAUUUAACACUUUUAGUUGGCAAACAUGUGGGUAUGUAGUUUGAGUUCAAUCUGCUAGUUUGUAUAACUCCAACUUUUUAGUUCAGUACUUUGGAUAACUCCACUUUCUAGUUGACACUGUCUUGGAUAGUCAAAGGUAUAUUUUUUUACUGUCAAGAGACUUGAUCAAGAAUCUGCAUACCAGAAAGUCCACAACUAACUAUAAAGACCUGAUCCUUCAGGAAUUUUAAUGCCUA